AUGCCAUCAGUCCGACUCCACCCCCCAAGCGAGAGCCGCAACAACAAACCAGACGUCAACCCACUCCCGCAACUGCUCCAAACACCAUCUGGGCUCGCGAUACUAGAGCUACAAGGCACGAUAAACCUCCCAGUUUCCCCUGCCGCAAUCGACCCAGACGUCCUUGACAAGGACCUUGCGUCUGGCGGACAUUCCCAGUCGCCAACCCAAUAUGAAACACCCAUCGGCCGUCUUAUAUUCCCGGACUACAAUGAUUCCAUGGAUAAUGAUCCCAGUGACCAAUCCUGGAUGAAGCGGGUCUAUCUGUACGUUGGACGGCACCAGCGACUUACUGGAGAGGUCAAGAAACUCCAGAGGCCGUUGGCGGCUAUACAGCGAAGCGAGGAGGGGGGCGACGAUGUCCAGACAAGAUCAAAGGCAAAAUCAAACGUAAAUUUGAGAGCGGAAGAAACAUUUGGGGCGGAAGAAGGGAAUGAAGAGGAUGAAGACAGCUGUGAUGAAUUGGAGAUUAUCGACAUAGUCAAAUACAAGAUCAUCUUCUCGUCACGGCCGGAACCAGUUACUUCUAAUGUGAGCGCGGGGGUUCUUUGA